GAAACACAGGACAGAUCACUUCAGUGCAAAAUGCCGUCGUUAGCAGGAACCAUUUUUCUUCUGUCAGGGCUCGUUUGUCUCCAUGGUGGAUCAGUCAAGAAACAAGCCCCAUUGGUGUGCUACCGAUGUGACAAGGUAGCAGACGCUGUUGACUGCACCGUCACAGAAGCUUGUAAUACAGACGAGCAAUGUUUCACCGACAAGUAUAUCAGUGAAGAGGGAAAUGUUUACUUUUCACUGGGGUGUAAAGCCAAACGAAUUUGUGAUAUUCUCUCUUCUCUUGGAAAACGUGAAGAGGACAUUGAAGACAUGACUGACAGAGAAAAAAGAAACAUUAUACACCUGUGCACACAAUGUUGUUCAUCUGGUUAUUGUAACAACAAGUUGUGUACAAUCGUCACAACUCCUAAACCAACUAGAAAGUGCCAGGUAUGUGAAAAUCCAGAAGUGGAUCCCUUAUCCUGCACACAAAUCCAAAACUGCGAAGAUCAUCAGGAGUGCUAUGCCGAUGUUGUGAUGGAUCAAAACCAUAACGUACGGCACACUAUGGGCUGUCGUAGCAAAGUGAUGUGUCGCGCUUUCCUCUCGCACGGCCACGGUCUGUCACACGGCAGGCGACAAGUUGGUAUUGGUAACGAUCCCCAUGUCGCUCAACUCUGCGGAGGAUGCUGCGACACCGACGCCUGCAACAGAAAGGGAUGCUACACUAUUCCACACUUCAACCUGACCCAUCAUGGAUAAACCCACUGCAUUCUUAUUAGUCUUUUUUGUACAUAACAAUAAAAAAAAUCAUUCAACAAACCAGA